CCCAGGGUCGUAGCUGGGAAACCUUGUUGUCCCAUAUCUAGAGUGUGAGGAAAGACCUUGCUGUUAGAAAUCGUUUUGCCUGUAGAUGCUGAACCGUGUCGAAUUCCAGCAUUGGUGCACAGAUGAGAGGUUUUUGGAUGCAACAUUGCACGUUUGUCUUAAGCUUGUGCACCCUGAAUCAGCUUCUCAGCUCAGUGUGAUGUUGACUCCAUGGCAGAGCCCUGCUUUUCCUCCAGCCCAUCAGAAGAUUGCUUUAUUUUAAAUUUUGAGGUCCAUCCGUCUCCAAAAUCUUGUAUAAUCUUGUUCCUCCUCUGCCUGUUAGUAAUCUAACUUUAUCGUGGAUGAGUAUGCCUUUGGUGGUCUUUAUCAAGUGGGUUUUAUCGGUCAUAAACAUCUCUCCUGAAGCUGAGGGACUUGGACUGUAAAAUGUGUAUGUAUGUCUUUAAGAAAGGUAAAUGCUUUAUUAUACAGUGUUACUCGGUCUUUAUUUUUUGAACCUCUAUCUUCACUCUAUCCCAACAAAACAAAAUUCUGUUUGGAUUCCUUGCACUUGGAUCUGGCUGUAGGCAGGCUUCGUUUUGUUUUUCUCACCCCUUGAACAUAAUAAAACAACCGCAAGAGAGCUCCCUGUACUGAUCAUGGCUUAUUUCCUGUCAGUAAUGUACAGCAUAGCAGUAGACAAAGCAAAACAAGUCUCCCUUCCAACCUUCUCACCGCCUCUCGGUUAUGUGAUGGCCCGCACUAUGGAACCACUGGCAAAGAAGAUCUUUAAAGGAGUUUUAGUAGCUGAACUUGUGGGCAUUUUUGGAGCCUAUUUUUUGUUUAAAAAGAUGAACACAAGCCAAGAUUUCAGGCAAACAAUGAGCAAGAAAUUUCCCUUCAUCUUAGAAGUUUAUUACAAAUCCAUUGAACAGUCUGGAAUAUAUGGAAUUAGAGAGCAAGAUCAAGAAAAAUGGCUGAACAGCAAAAAUUAGAAUCAUCGCGUUCAGCCUCCCAUCUAAGCUGUUUGAAACCUUUGGAGAGGAGAAGAAAGCAACCCUCUGGAUUAAAAAAUUAAAGCAAGAAAAGUUGAGCACAUAACAGGAACUGUCUCCUUCACAAUGCACCUGCUCAUCAUCUCUCUAAAGGAUUAUACUCGGGUUGGCCUUCAGGGCAACUGAUGGAUUCUUUUAAAAGCUUUCCUGAUGGCUGCCAUACUCCUCUUUUAUACUUCACAAGCAAACUGAAGUUUGGAGAGAGAAAAUCAUCUGAUCAAGAGUCCCACAACAAGCUGGAAGAAAUAGGCACAUUUCUUGAUCCUCAAGGCUAGUGUGCUUUUCUUUACAGCCUCAAAUGAAGAGGCUGUACUUCUAAGAUUUCUUUUGGCUCUAAUAUUCUGUUACAAGACUUAAUUCAAUUUGUGUAUGUGGAUGGAAAACCUAAAGCUUCUACUUCACAGAAAGUUUUCAAUCCUAAAACACUACUUUGAGGAACUAUAGAGGGUAAAUAUGAGGCUCAAACAAAAUAACUACAAGUUCCACACAAUUCACAAUAUGUAACCAGAUACUUUUUGUUUAGAAAUCAAACUUUAGUGUACAUACAUUUGUUGUUUUCAUGUAUGUUUCAUGUAGGAGGGUUUUACAUGUACAGAUAAAAGCCAAGAAACUAAAACUGGUUCAAAGGUGUAAACUUAUUAAAUCCAUACCUGAAGAAAAAGAGAUCUGUUGUGCAUCGAACAUGUCCAGUUUUCUCACUAAAUCUUCACAGUUCCAAAAAGAUCUACUUUAAUUUCUAAGAUUUAUUUAAAAAUAUGUAUUUAUUAUCUGUAGUACUGUUAAUGAACAAAUGAUUCAUUAUAUUAAAAAUUUACUUCUAAGUUCCUAUAUAUAUCUGGUUAUGAGAACUCCCAUUUAAAGGAAAGCAAUAUUGAGGACUUCUAAAAUGGUAUAUUUACUUCUAUUAAGAUCAAAGGGGAAUCCAAUUCCUCUGUUUAAAG